GGAUGCACAUGCUUAGGGUUGUUUUACUAGACCCCAUUGAUUGGAAUACCAGUCCCUCUGUAAUGUCUUUACUGUGGGUUGAUAAUCCAAAGCCUAUGGUUUCCAUGCAUUUUCAAUGUGUUACGCAACGUCCUGUCAUGCCCUUCUAAUACCCACACUGCCCUGCCUUUUCUCUCCUACAUCCUGUUUUCAAGACUUCUGAGCCACUCAUUGUGGCCUUAACAGGAUCUUCCAACGCAUUUGAGUUGUUUGUUAAUACCCAGGAUUUUGUGUUUGAAUGACUCCACGUUAUUUGGGCCUGCUUGAAUAAUAAGUUGGCUUCUUUGCAUAGAAAAUGUUACAGUGCCAGGUUAAUGUUAAGUACCAUAGUACAACAGGCAGGACGUCCUGCGCAACAAGUAUAAUAAAGGCUUUUCUUGUCAUUGCUUUGUUACUUUGUACGCAAGAGCAGCCACACAACUUAAAGCUAUUGUUGCACAUUUCCAUUUGAUUGAGAUGCACUAUCUGACUGUUACUCCACAUUCAGUUCAACAAGAAUCGAUGGCUUAGGGUGCUUUCACACCGAACCUGUUUGGUUAGUUAAAAACAAACUCUGGUCGGUUGUCCCGGUUAGUACGGUUUGUUUAGGCUGGUGUGAUAGCUGUCAAUCAAACGCUGGUGCGAACCAAACAACCCAACCAAGAUGGUCUGAUAAGGUCGAGCUUCCAAGUGGACUCUGGUGUGGUUUGUUUAUCGUGUGAAAGCAAACAAACAAAGCACAAUGUUUUAUGAUAGCAGCUAUGUGACGUGAGCAAGAUUUCAAAAGCUCAACCGCUAAUAAAUCCAUCUGCUGAUUGUGAAAGCAGUUGAGGAAGGGAUCUCAUUGAUCUGCAUUUAAGGCCUGUAUAUGAGCACGUCGGCGUGGGUAUUUCCCUCAUUAAUAGGCCGGUUACAGCUGUGCUUGUAUCUGACUCUCUGUUCUUUGUCAUUUCAUUAGCUCCAUUAAAAAGCAUGUGACAGCUAUCCCACAGAUCCCCGCCUCAUCCACGCGUCUGUGCGCUUCCCGGUGUUCCUGGUGUGCGUUCGCACCACUUAUCUGGGAGUGUGCAAAGGGGAUUUAGUACAGUCCUGUCUCCACUAUUAUUCAUCAUCACAUGCAGUCAAUUUUCAGUCUAAUAAUACUAAUAUUGCUUAUAGUGGUGCAACGCAUCAUAAAACUCUCGGUUCGGAUGAGAUCAUAGUUCAGAUCGGCACAAAAGAGAAAAGGGAGCUCCCUGGUCACGUUUAUGUAAAUGAUGUAUUGCUGCUUAGAGCUCAUGUAAACAGUUCCCAAUUCAUCUGUAAUAUCUAUUUUUAUUGUUGUGAAAAGAUCUUCUUCAAACAAAUGUCCUGAUUUGCAUAUUUUAUCGAAUAUUGACAAUACCGAUCGUUAGUAAAUCUUUAUUUCACACUGUGAUGGUUAAUGUUAAACUGUGUAAUUAAUCCGGGGUCCACAAGAGUACCGAACCACGAGGGGGGAUCCGUACGGAUCACGGAUCGACGAUGGUAUAAAUGUACAUAAAUAUACACGUUAGAAGCAAAAGCAUUUUAGUGCUGCAUUCAUUCUGUCAGUUACCAGAAUUAGAUUUCCCCACGUGGGUCCUGAUGAUGCAGGACGACCAUCACCAAAACGGUCCAAUCAACGAGUUACCUGUCAGUCUGUUUAACUUUGUUUACUCCUCUUGGUUUGUUUGUAAAAUGGCCGUGUGAACAGGACCAGAAAUAUAAUGCAACAAUGUCUAAUUUUUCUGUUUGUUCCGGACUAAAUGUCUACAGGUGUGAAAGCAUCCUUAAAUCUGCAGGAAGAGAGUAUUCUUAACUGGACGCUCCCGCUUUUAGGAAUCUAAAGCACAGGGAAUAUAGUAUGGGUAGAUGACAGUGAAGCCCAUUAUCACUGAUGUAAUGACGUUAUUUCGGGGACGCUGAAUCACAGCACGAAAGCCGAGAUGUCUGCUUUGGUCUCCGUGUGUCUGGCCGUGCAUUAACAUGACGACGGUUUGUUAGCGUUCAGGCCGAGCAAGGCGGAUGAUGCAUGGACAGGCCUUUCCAAUCUCUCCAUCUGUACAUGUUAAGUCUGCCCCUGUGUGCUGGCAUUCUCCGGCCCCGGCUGAGGUAACAAGCUGCCGCAGUCUAUUAUGUGCAAAGUGAAAGAAAAACAAUUCACAGCUGCUGUCAGGCCUCCGCGGCUCUCCACCGUUUUCCAUUGUGGAAACUUGAGCCCACAAAUAUGAGUAAAUGGUUAAGGGAUCACAAUUUACAUUGCUGGUUGGUUAGUGCUUAAACCCAUACUGUAUUUACAUUAAUAGCUCUGGCGUUCAUUGACUAAAAGAAUGCUUAGUGUGGAGUUGAAACCGGUUUGAAGGUGUUGAGGGUGAGCGAGGAUCAGGUCGAUGUGUGUUUAAUCUUUAAGCGUAGUUGAAGCCAGGUGUAUAUAAAGCACUCUCUAAGGUCAGAAGGUUGUGUGAUCUGUUUCCACUGAUGCCCGUGAUGUGUUUGAGUGAUCAUGAAUACGUAUUCAUACAGUAAGAUGCCACUCCCUACGCUUGCUGUCCCACUGCUUCAAAAACCAAUAGGCAGCAUGCUCAUGACGCGUGGCUUUAUGAGAGAGAAAGCAGGGAGGGUAAGAGAGAGAGAACGCCACAGCAGGAGGAAGUUGGCGCAAAGACAACAGGACUAUUUUGCCUCAGCUUCUGAAAGAUCACUUUAAUCAGAAGUAGAAUCUAACGGAUAACGGAACCAGACACGGUCUUCUAAUCAUCCUCAAAUGCAUGUGUAUCUCCGUGUCCUCCUGUGCGUCUCACCUCCGUGGAUGUUGCUCAUUGACACCAGUGACGAGAGAUGACUGUAUCAGGGCGGCAGCGGGGUCGCAUCACCAUGCCCUGUACGGAUUUAGAGCUACCGUUGCUCUGCUUUCCACGUCGGAGCUUCCAGUUUUUGCCAGGACAGCAGCAGUAUGAGAGGAGCGGGUGCAACUUGUGAGACCACAGGACACAGGAGGGAGAUGCAGCAGAGGGCGAACUCGGCGUGGUACCAUGGCAAGCUAGACCGAAACAUUGCUGAGGAGCGGCUGCGCCAGGCCCGGAACCCUGGCAGCUACCUCAUCAGGGAGAGCGACCGCCGGCCCGGUUCCUUCGUCCUGUCUUUCCUCAGUGUGACCAACGUGGUCAACCAUUUCAGGAUAAUCGCCAUGUGUGGAGACUAUUACAUUGGUGGGCGGCGGUUCUCAUCUCUAUCGGACCUGAUUGGUUACUACAGCUAUGUGUCUUGUCUGCUAAAAGGAGAGAAACUGCUAUCGCCAGUGGCGCCCCCUGAGCCCGUAGAGGACAGGAGGAGAGUCAGGGCCAUACUUCCAUACACCAAAGUGCCAGAUACUGAUGAGAUCAGCUUCCUGAAAGGGGACAUGUUUAUUGUUCACAAUGAACUGGACGAUGGCUGGAUGUGGGUGACCAAUGUUCGCACAGAGGUGCAGGGCCUCAUCGUGGAGGAUCUGGUGGAGGAGGUGGGACGGGAGGAGGAUCCACAUGAGGGAAAAGCCUGGUAUCAUGGAAAGAUCACCAAGCAAGAGGCCUACAACCUGCUGAUGACAGUUGGCCAGGUGUGCAGUUUUCUAGUCCGACCAUCAGACAACACACCCGGGGACUACUCCCUCUUCUUUCGCACCAAUGAAAACAUCCAAAGGUUUAAGAUCUCCCCCACUCCCACUAAUCAGUACAUGAUGGGGGGGAGGUACUACAACAGUGUCACUGACAUCAUCGACCAUUACAAAAAAGAGCAGAUUGUCGAGGGCUACAACCUGAAAGAGCCAGUUUCAGUGCAGCACCAGGAACAAGUUCUUACUGACACAGUGGACGGGAGAGAAAUUUAUAACACUAUCAGACGGAAAACAAAAGACGCUUUCUACAAAAACAUUGUGAAGAAAGGCUACAUCCAGUUCAACAAAGGGAAAGGCAAAAGAUGGAAGAACCUUUACUUUAUCCUGGAGGGUAACGACGCCCAGCUCAUCUACUUUGAGAGCGAAAAGAGAGCCACCAAACCCAAAGGGCUGAUCGACCUGAGUGUGUGCUCCGUGUAUGGUGUGCACGACAGUCUGUUUGGCAGGCCACACUGUUUCCAGAUUGUUGUGCAGCACUUUAGUGAGGAACAGUACAUAUUCUACUUUGCGGGGGAGUCUCCAGAGCAGUCACAGGAUUGGAUGAAAUGCCUUCACACUUUCUGCAGUAACUUAAGGAAAACCACUCAGCCGGCUACCAACAAAAGACUUCGACAGGUGAGCAGCCUGGUGCUGUAUGUGGAGGAGGCCCACAAGCUGCCAGUGAAGUAUUUUACCAACCCCUACUGUAACAUCUACCUGAACAGCGUCCAGGUGGCUAAAACUCACCCAAGGGAGGGGCAGAACCCCGUCUUCACAGAAGAGUUCAUCUUUGAUGAUCUGUCGAGUGAAAUCAACAGGUUUGAAAUCAGCCUGAGCAACAAAACAAAAAAGAGCAAAGAAAGUGACAUCUUGUUCAUGCGUUGCCAGCUGAACCGUCUGCAGAAGGGCCAGAUGAUUGAUGAGUGGUUCCCUCUCAGCUCCCAUGUGCCUCUGAAGGGCAUCGAGCCCGGCUCUCUACGCGUACGCGCCCGCUACUCCAUGGAGAAGAUCAUGCCCGAAGAGGAGUACAGCGAGUUCAAAGAGAUGAUCUUGCACAAAGAGUUCCACGUUAUCUACGCUCUGGCCCAUGUGUGUGGUCAGGACCGCACCUUAUUGGCCAGCCUCCUCCUGCGGAUCUUCAGACACGAGAAGGCUGAAGCCCCUCUGCUCAGGAUUCUAAAUGACCGAGAGAUUAACGUGGAAGAUGAAGCCACGACAUUAUUCCGAGCGACCACACUGGCCAGCACACUGAUGGAGCAGUACAUGAAGGCCACCGCCACGCCGUUUGUCCACCACGCUCUCAAAGACACCAUCCUCAAGAUCAUGGAGAGCAAACAGUCCUGCGAGCUGAACCCUUCCAAACUGGAAAAGAAUGAGGACGUGAACCUGAACCUGGCUCAUCUCCUCAACAUCCUGUCUGAACUGGUGGAGAAGAUCUUCAUGGCUGCUGAGAUCCUCCCACCGACAUUGAGGUUCAUCUAUGGCUGUCUGCAGAAGUCCGUGCAGCAGAAAUGGCCCACGAACACCACCAUGAAGACCAGAGUUGUAAGUGGCUUCGUCUUCCUGAGACUGAUCUGUCCGGCCAUCCUCAACCCCAGACUGUUCAACAUCAUAGCUGACGCUCCAUCUUCAGCAGCAGGCAGGACCCUCACACUGGUGGCGAAGUCUGUCCAGAACCUGGCCAACCUGGUUGAAUUCGGUGCUAAGGAACCCUACAUGGAGGGUGUGAACCCUUUCAUCAAAAACAACAAACACAGGAUGAUCAUGUUUCUGGAUGAGUUGGGGAAUGUCCCCGAGCUCCCUGAAGCCACCGAGCACUUUAGGACGGAUCUGUCCCGGGACCUGGCUGCACUGCACGAGGUCUGUGCCUCGCACUCCGACGAGCUCCGGACGCUGAGCAACGAGAGGGGAGCGCAGCAGCACGUGUUGAAAAAGCUGCUGGCCAUCACGGAGCUCCUCCAGCAGAAGCAGGCUCAGUACGCCAUGUCCAACAGCAACAGGACAGAGUGCACCAUCAUGUCACUGGCUGCUGCCAUCCAGGUAAUGUGACUUUCGCAGGUUUCUACCCGAGAAUCAAAGCGUGGUAGUCGGACCACACGACCAGCCGGCCAAAGCGAGUCCUCGCCCCGUGAGGCGCCCUACCGAAGACUUACGUCAGUUUGUAUUUAUAAGCAUGUGGCCUAGAUUCCUGGCAGUUCAAAACGCAAUAUGGCUGUUCUCUGUGGGAAACCACUUGCUGCAUAUCUGAAUACUGUCCUUUCCAAAGCCCUUCCCCAAAAAACGCUUCAGACACGGGGUGUUGAACUGAUUUAAAAUUAGACAAGAAGUCUUGGAAGAGAUGAUUUCUAUGAAGAUGGACCUGAGAUACAGUCGACUGCGGAGAUGUCUGAACUUCUUUUAUCCUGGUAUUCCUGCCACUCCCCCAGUCUCCCUGGUUCUGGUUAACUGACCCUGAUCAGACACUCCUGUGAGGAUUACAGUGGGGGGGCAAUCCAAAGCAUUGAAGUAGCGUUUUUUUCUGCCGUCAUCAGGGAAAUUUAACACAGCACCUCUCUCCAAGAUGACACAAGCCUUAACUCCUUUCUACACACCACCCCACUCGCCCACGUCACCUGCUUUUAUGACGAGCUCUUUCUUCGAACCACUAACGACAUUGUACGAACUACCACGCAGCACCGGAACCACUUGUUCGAUUUUUUUUUUUAUAUGCUGCUUUGUUUGUCGAUAUUAUACACUUAGGCUUCUAUAAAAGCGUAUGGUGUUUGUGUGUGUGAUCUAGCUGAAUGAUAGUUUGUAGGAGAUAUCUGUAACCUGUGCAUGUGUUAAUCCUAAAUGGAUCCUGCUAUAGUGUGUGGGCCUACAUAUAUGCUGCUCUAACAAACAUCACCCGAACUCCCUCGAAGCCUUGGGGGGGAGGAGGGGGUGUAAACGAAAGCUUUCAUGCAUUUGCAGUCUCUCGCUCUUUUCCAGAACACUUCUGCACCGACUAUUUUCAUAUAGAUUCAUCCCGAGAAGUCAUGCCAUGCACAGAUUUAUCAUGUUCAAAGUCAUGAGGGGGGGGGUGUGUCGGCCUCGUGUGCCUCCUGGUGACUCGAGCCGCUGCAGAGUCUGAAUCUGUGCCUGUCAUAGCUCGAGAGUUUACCAAACUGUUUACUGUAGUUGCACUUAAAGAUACCACGGACCUCACCGACCUCACCAAGUGUUUAACGGACGGCUGGCGACAGCCUCGACGUCUCCUCGUCAGCGAUACCAAUAUCAGCUGUGCUACAUGGUAUGGGUGAUGAAUGUGGCGUGCUGUUGUACUUCCUUUCUGUAUUUCAUACAGCUGAUGAUGUGUUCCUUUUUAUUUUUCUACCUGAUACUGAACAGUGAAACCUUUUUGCAUCUUAGAUACGACAACCUGGCUAAAAUAAAACUGUUACUAUGUAUAACAACAGAAGACGUGAGUUGCUUACUGUGUGUGUGGGUGACGGAAAUACAUGACACUUAAUGUGCCCAAAAUGACACGACACUAGUUCUGUCUUAAUAUAGGGACUAGAUCAACUCCACAAUAAAGUCACAUAUAGUAUGGCAGUGUGACAAUAUAGUGUUCUCUCUCAGAGUAAACUUCAUCUCCUUACUUGCUUGAACUGGAAAACUCCGCAUGAAUCCUCUCCAACUUCUUUUUGGAAGCAUUCACCUCCUCCGGUUUAGGAAGUUCAUACUUCUUCAGGAGGGUUUUCAUCCCUGGAUGAACACAGAAAACAUUUACUUUAGUCUUGGAUCAGACUUGUUGUCAUGAGUGAAGCUCAAAGGGCUCAACAUCACCAACUUGUGGUGUGAAAUGAAGGUGCAGUUUACUCACGUCUCAUAGAGUCGUACAUCUUUGAGAGAGUCUCUUUGUCCUCUUUCAGUCGCAGACAUUCAU